GGAGCACUAAAGUGUGCGCACGUAUACGCGCGGGAGUGUGCGGCAAAGACGCGGGGAAAAGGGAGGAGGAGGAGGAGGAGGAGGAGAGGGAGCGAGGAGAGGAGGCAGCUUUCAACAGUUGAGGAGGAGACGCGACUCAUUCUGAUUAUCUUCAAUCAUCUCGCACCUUAUUUUCUCUCUCUCUCUUUCUCUCUUUGCGACUCGUCUUCUCCGCCGUGCAACAGAUAAGAGUGGCCGCUGAUGGAUGCAAAGAGGAGCGCCUUCAAAUCGGACUGGAUUAUGGGAUUAGUGGACUGAUUAGUGGACCAAAAAAAAAAAAAAAGUGGCUUGCUGUGGAUGCUCCUCGCAAAGGAAGCAAGGGCAGGAACACACAAAAGGUUGCGCCGGAGAGAGCGGUGCGAAGCGAGCCAGCCGCAGCAGAGCCGGAUCCAUGCACUUUACCGGAGGAGGAGAGACGAGCAGCUCCGUAUGCAACAGUGUGCCGCACAGGAGACAAAAGUCACAAUGCGCUGUUAACGCUAACACGGACCGAUGGUGCAUUUUGGAGCUUUGCAGGGUGUAAAUGUCGCAUGAGGGCAAUGCGCCUCUUUUUUUUUUUUUUUUGCCCUUUUUUUUCCCCUCCUCUCUCUUCUUCCUAUUGAAAGCCAAGCUCUUAACCUUCACGAUGCUUUAACCUUGGACGCAGAGGGGAAUAUUAAUACUUUAUUCUCAUCGAUUAUUCAUUGUGGGAGCCCCUCGGAGAGGGAAAACAAAGCAUUCCAAUGUUGAAUUUGAUCUUUAAUUCAUGCACGGGGUGUCGUCAGGCGGUCAUCUUUGUUUACAGAAAGAGUUCAUCAUUGCAGAGCGGCAUACGAGAGAGCUAAUGCCCAUUAAAGGGGGUCUAGAAAUCGAUUUGAUAUCCAAUUAGUCCUGUAGACGCAUGCCUGCUUUGGAUUUGGUGCUCUAAAGGUUUUGCGGAAUAAUCAACAGGUUGAAAGUCAAGGUUUUUUUUCCCCCCCGUGUGCCGGUACCGCAUAUCCAACUGAAGGGAUGCGUCUCUCUGUUCCCAUUUUCCUCCUGCUGUGGGUUAAAGCCCUGACAGUCAAAAAUCUGAGUUAUUCCGUUCCGGAGGAGCAAGGACCCGGUACUAUCAUAGGCAAUAUCGCAAAAGAUGGCAGCUACGGGACUCUGGAGAGAGGGAAAAAAUCCAACUUCAGAGUGCUGGAGAAUUCCGCACCACACCUGGUGGAUGUUGACCCGGAGAGUGGACUUAUUUUCACCAAACAAAGGAUUGACCGUGAGACCUUAUGCAGGCGGAACCCAAAGUGCCAGCUCUCCAUGGAGGUGUUUGCCAACGACAAGGAAAUAUGCAUGAUUAAGAUUGACAUACAGGACAUAAAUGACAACUCGCCCGGUUUCCCCUCAGAUCAUGUUAACAUCGAUAUCUCGGAGAACGCAGCCGCGGGCACGCGCUUCCCGCUGACUAUCGCACAUGACUUGGACACCGGGGAGAACGGGAUAAAGACUUAUCAAGUCACCAGAGAUGAUUACAAUACAUUUUCGUUGGAUUUAAAAGUAAGAGGAGACGGGACUAUUUAUCCCGAGCUUGUGGUUCAGAGACCUCUGGAUCGGGAGGACCAGAGCCAUCACACGCUACUCCUGACUGCGAUCGACGGAGGGGAAUAUCCGAGAUCAGGCUCCAUGCAAAUCAAUGUCAGGGUGACUGAUUCCAAUGACAAUAGCCCCGUUUUUGAGAAAUCCUCCUAUGUGCUGGAACUCCCGGAGAAUUCCUCGCCUGGAAAAGUACUCAUAGAUUUGAACGCCACGGAUCAAGACGAGGGAAGCAACGGGCAGGUGGUUUAUUCCUUUACUGGAUAUGCAUCUGAGCGAAUUCAAGAUUUGUUCGGCAUUGACGCCAACACUGGUGUCAUCAAAGUCCAAGGGGAAAUUGACUAUGAGCAGAAUCCCAUCAUCGAGUUUGAUGUGCAGGCAAAGGAUCUGGGGCCCAACCCCAUACCAGGCCACUGUAAAAUUACUGUCAAAGUCCUGGACAAAAAUGACAACUCACCAAUAAUUAGUUUUGUUUCCGUGCGGCAGGGUGCCAUCAGCGAGGCGGCCCCCUCGGAAUCUGUCAUCGCGCUGGUCAGAGUGACAGAUAAAGAUUCCGGACGAAACGGUCAGCUCCAGUGCCGCGUGCUGGGAAACGUUCCCUUCAGACUGCAGGAGAACAAUGACAAUUUUUACACCCUGCUCACCGACCGACCUUUGGAUCGAGAAACAAAGGACGAAUACAAUGUCACCAUCGUGGCCCGAGACAACGGCAUCCCAUCGUUGAACUACACCAAGUCGUUCACGGUGAAGAUCUUGGAUGAGAACGACAACGCGCCUCGCUUUACAAAGACCAUUUAUGUGCUGCAGGUGCCUGAGAACAACAUCCCAGGCGAGUACUUAGGCUCCGUUCUGGCCCACGACCCAGAUGUAGGCCGCAACGGGACGGUGACGUACUCCAUUCUGCCAUCGCACAUCGGCGACGUGUCGGUUUAUACAUACGUGUCUGUUAACCCCACCAAUGGAGCCAUAUACGCGUCACGCUCUUUUAACUACGAGCAGACGAAAUCUUUUGAGUUCAAAGUUCAGGCUAAAGAUGGAGGCUCCCCUCACAUGGAGAGCACCUCCACCGUCAGGGUCAACAUCCUCGAUGUCAACGACAAUCUCCCGGUGAUUAUUUUGCCUCUUCUGCAAAACGAUACGGCAGAAAUCCCAGUGCCUCGAAACGUCGGUAUCGGCUACAUUGUGACUACGGUGAGAGCGGUGGACCACGAUCACGGUGAAAGCGGACAUUUGACCUACGAGAUCACCGAAGGAAACGACGACCACCUGUUUGACAUCGAUGCAAUGGGAGGCGAGCUCCGAACCACCCACGCCUUAUGGGAAGAGGUCUCGCCCGUGGUGGAGUUGGUGGUUAAAGUCACCGAUCACGGGAAGCCGCCCUUAUCCGCCGUGGCUAAACUGGUCAUUAAAGCCAAUACAGAAACGGCGGCCGGUGGCGGGGGCUCCAGCGUGAGUGGCGAGCAGCAACACUGGGACGUAUCCCUGCCCCUCAUCAUUACCCUCUGCAUUAUCUCUGUCAUGCUCUUAGCAGUCAUGACCGCCAUCGCUGUCAAGUCCAAGCAUCAAGAUAAGGAGAGCGGGAAUUAUAACUGCCGCAUGCCAGAGUACUCCAAUCCUCCGACGGGGAAGGGCAAAAAGAAGCGGAUCAACAAGAGUGACAUCAUGCUCGUGCAGAGCGAGAUGGAGGAAAGAGAUUCGGCCAGUCGCAUGAACGUGGUGAGCAGUCCCUCGCUCAUCACUUCGCCCAUAUGCUUCGACUACCAGAGCCCGCUGCCGCUUACGCUGCCCAGAUCGGAGGUCAUGUACCUGAAAACUACGCCCAACAGCCUGACGGUACCCAGAGCCGGGUGCCAUUCCAGCUUUGCAGGGCUGAGUACCGAGACCCCUGCCAACAGGAUGUCGGUCAUACAGACGGAAAAGUUCCCCUCCGAGCCCAAUUACGCUGGCAGCAGGCAGCCAUUUGUUCAAAGCUCCACAUUUAAGGAUGCAGAACGAGCCAGCCUCCGAGACAGUGGCCAUGGUGAUAGCGACCAAGCUGAUAGUGACCAGGAUACUAAUAGAGGCUCCCAGUGUGACACGUCUGCCAGGGAGGCCCUCAAGAUGAAAGCCACAUCAGUUAAUGGGCAGCCUUUUGAGCAGGAACAAGACAAAUCAGUCCACUGCACCGAUGAGUGUCGUGCACUGGGACACUCUGACAGAUGCUGGAUGCCAAAGUUACGGAUCGGAAGCCAAGCAGACAGUGCCGAUAAUCGCACCAACCUUUUCAUCCCCGUGGGAAUGGAUGCCAUGGUAGAGACAGAGAUUUAUGGCACCAUCAGCCGCGGUAGCCGGAAAGCCCUCAGCACCUUCGGGAAAGAUCAGCGGGACAGCACCAUCCUAGUGGCCAACGUCAAACCGUACUUAAAAUCGCAGCGUGUGGCAUGUCCGCCCCUACAAGAGAGUCCACCCAGCCCCGGAAGUCCCACUAAAAGUGGUACGGCCCUGGACUCUGGCGAGCGAGAGGUCAAAGAGGAGCGGGAGGGGGGUUCAGACAGCAGUGCCUAUGGUCCGCCAGAUGGCCAGUGCUCCCCGCUGCACACUGAAUUGGAGGAGCCCUCCUACCUGACCUGCGAGCUCCGCCCGAAGGCGCUCUCCAGCAGCCUCAUUCACAGCUCAGUCAUCAGCCAGGAGUGCGGCGUGUCCGAGUACGAGACGCCCGACUCGGGGAACUGACACGGCUGACCCCGUUCCUACGCCCACGCGCUCUUGGUCCGACACGCGUGUGAUUGGUGCGGAUUGUUUUACUUUUGUUGUUGUUUGUUUCUUUGGGGUCCAAACAUUGUAUAACCAAAAAUCAUCUGCUUUGCGUGUUUUUUUUUUUGUUUUGUUUGUUUUUGUUUCUGACUCAGUGACUUGAAGGGAUGGGCAUUUUUUGACAACUAUCGGGAAUACUAUUAAGGAUUCUUUUAAUAUUUGCAUCUCUUGUUGAAUGUUCUGAACUCCUGUUUCCAUGUCCGUGUUGUAUUAAGCUGAAUAACUUGUGCCUGUAUGUCAACUUCCCAAAAUUCCCUUUCACGUGGUGUCAUGAGUGGGUCUGUGAGAUGCAAAUUUUCCAGUGCAAAACAUUCCAAAUGUUCCCAAAGUUACUCCUAAAAUACUUAAUUAAUUUACAUCAAUUAAAAAAAACAUUAACAAUCAAUCAAAACAAUCAAUACUACUGAAUUGUAAUAAUAACAAUUAAAUAUAGAGAAAACAUUGUCUGGAAAAGUUGUCUUAUAUCCGGGGUUAAGAUUUAAAUUUUCGAACCAACAGGUGCCGCCGCUCAGAGCUUUUCUUCCUUACACUCACAAAAGAACAAAGGAUUGUGUCUUAAAAAAUAUUUUUCCUCUUCUUGUCCGGGUCGUCUUAUAUUCGGGCCAAUAUGGUAACAAUACAUACAGAAGAAAGGAAAAGAGAGAAUCGCAACACUCUCAUGCUGACUCAGAGCUUUUCUCCCUUACACUCACAAACACCAAAAAGAACAAACAAUCUUCUCUUUGAUUGUGUCUUAAAAAAUAGUUUUUUCUCUUCUUGUCCAGGUCGUCUUAUAUUCGGGCUAAUAUGGUAACAAUACAUACAGAAGAAAGCAAAAGAGAGGAUUGCACCACUCUCAUGCUCACUCAGAGCUUUUCUUUCUUACACUCACAAACACCAAAAAGAACAAAGAAUCUUCUCAUUGAUUGUGUCUUAAAAAAAAAAAAAAUUCUCUUCUUGUCCGGGUCGUCUUAUAUUCGGGCCAAUAUGGUAACAAUACAUACAGAAGAAAGGAAAAGAGAGGAUCGCAACACUCUCAUGCUCACUCAGAGCUUUUCUUCCUUACACUCACAAACACCAAAAAGAACAAAAAAUCUUCUCUUUGAUUGUGUCUUAAAAAAAAUUUUUUUUUCUCUUCUUGUCCGGGUCGUCUUAUAUUCGAUCCAAUAUUAUAAGAAUACAUACAGAAGAAAGGAAAAGAGAGGAUUGCACCACUCUCAUGCUCACUCAGAGCUUUUCUUCCUUACACUCACAAACACCAAAAAGAACAAUGAAUCUUUUCUUUGAUUGUGUCUUAAAUUUUUUUUUCCUCUUCUUGUCCAGGUCGUCUUAUAUUCGGGCUAAUAUGGUAACAAUACAUACAGAAAAAAAGAAAAGAGAGGAUCGCACCACUCUCAUGCUCACUCAGAGCUUUUCUUCCUUACACUCAAACACCAAAAAGAACAAAGAAUUUUCUCCUUGUGUCUUAAUUUUUUUUUUCUUCUCUUCUUGUCCGGGUCGUCUUAUAUUCGGGCCAAUAUGGUAACAAUACAUACAGAAGAAAGGAAAAGAGAUGAUUGCACCACUCUCAUGCUCACUCAGAGCUUUUCUUCCUUACACUCACAAACACCAAAAAGAACAAUGAAUCUUUUCUUUGAUUGCGUCUUAAAAAAUGUUUUUCCUCUUCUUGUCCGGGUUGUCUUAUAUUCGGGCCAAUAUGGUAACAAUACAUACAGAAGAAAGGAAAAGAGAGGAUCGCACCACUCUCAUGCUCACUCAGAGCUUUUCUUCCUUACACUCACAAACACCAAAAAGAACAAUGAAUCAUUUCUUUGAUUGUGUCUUAAAAAAUAUGUUUUUUCUUCUUGUCCGGGUCGUCUUAUAUUCGGGCCAAUAUGGUAACAAUACAUACAAAAGAAAGGAAAAGAGAGGAUCGCACCACUCUCAUGCUCACUCAGAGCUUUUCUUCCUUACACUCACAAACACCAACAAGAACAAAUAAUUUUCUCCUUGUGUCUUAAUUUUUUUUUUUUUCUCUUCUUGUCCGGGUCAUCUUAUAUUCGGGCCAAUAUUAUAAGAAUACAUACAGAAGAAAGGAAAAGAGAGGAUUGCACCACUCUCAUGCUCACUCAGAGCUUUUCUUCCUUACACUCACAAACACCAAAAAGAACAAUGAAUCUUUUCUUUGAUUGCGUCUUAAAAAAGGUUUUUCCUCUUCUUGUCUGGGUCGUCUUAUAUUCGGGCCAAUAUGGUAACAAUACAUACAGAAGAAAGGAAAAGAGAGGAUCGCAAGACUCUCAUGCUCACUCAGAGCUUUUCUUCCUUACACUCACAAACACCAAAAAGAACAAAGAAUUUUCUCCUUGUGUCUUAAUUUUUUUUUUUAUCUUCUUGUCCGGGUCGUCUUAUAUUCGGGUCAAUAUGGCAACAAUAAAUACAAAAGAAAGGAAAAGAGAGAAUCGCAACACUCAUGCUGGGUUUAAAUCAUAACAAUAUAAUUUAUACUUUAUAAAAUAGCCAGAAACUGAAAAAAUAUGAAAUAUAAAAAAAUAAUAAUUAAAAUUAAUACUCAAACCGCCAGUAGCAGAAAGAAGAAAUGUCAAGUCGCGUGUUACAAUAAUGGAUAUUUUGCAUAUACCAGACGUCAUGUUGUUUUCUUUAGGCGGGCAAACCCGCGGCGAACGAAUCAACAGCUUCUCCGCUGGUCCCAAUCAACCGAUGCACUCCACACGAUCAACAAUCAAUUUCAAACCAUCCAUGACUUCUUAACGAUCAAAUGAGUGAUUAGUUGCUCAUUAUGCCCAUCCCUAGUGACUUGUGUUUAGGUGAACUUUGUGUCCUUGCUGUGAAGGUUUGCGGGCCAAUCAAGUGCGUUCCUGACUUUCAAGUGUUUCCCAUGGUGUACUGUAUCCGUCAGUUUAGAUGUCCGUAUUUUACAACAUCUCCAGGUCUCAUCUUGUGUGGCUGUUGGAGCAAAACCGCUACUGUUGAGCUAUUGAGUCCUGUCUGCUUUUGUACGGUGUAGCUAUCUGUCUCCAUUUAGUGUUUAAGGAGCAUCACUUUGAAGAAUCAAAAUGCCGACGACAUAUCACAUAUCAGUGGCGUUAAAUAAAAAAAAAAAAAAAAGUGAAGUGUCUUAUGAACUGUCAAUGGUGGUGCAACAGGGGACGUCCCUUUUCAUAACAACCAUUCAAGGUUCCGAUGAAAUGAUUUUUUUAAGAAUGUAUUUGUAAUUUUAUUGUCGUCCUCUCUGCUGUUUAUGUGGAAAAUAAGCUGGGCUUACAUGUGAAUGUGGGCUACUGUACUGUACUUGUGUAUUUUAUUAAAUUUGUAUACACUGUGUGCAUGGAAGGACGUUAUUUUUAGCUGAUGAUUUCCCAACAUGGGAACUAUUUUCCGUCUUUUCUGACCCAUAAAUGUUGUUAUUCACAUGUUUUUUUAUUUUUUAAAAACAUGGUUCCAUGCCUUAUAUGGGCAUGCCCAGUUGAGCAAUGGCUCCCAGCCAAACAGGUGCAAGUUUGAUGCCUUUCCAACGAUACUUCGGUCGUGUUGAGGACUCACAAGAGCAAGCUGUAAGUAACAGCGUACCCCUACGGGUACAUCGAUUGCCGUAGGGGGUACGUGAAUAAAAAUUAGAAACAAUUAGCGACUAACACUCAAAAUUAAAAGUGUGCCUGAACACAUCACAGUGCGAGAAUUGGUGAUUCCAAUUGGUGUUCCAAUUAAUCACUGCACGGCAUUGAAAAUAAGGCUUUUGUGGUUGGUUGAAUAUAUUUUUGUAUCCGCAGCUGUCCUGAAGUUCUCAGGAACGCUUGGGACUGUGACCAGUCACAGCGGAGUGGGCUUCAUGGGAGGCGUACGUGGAGGAAUUAUACAGAUGUUUAGGCGGCGGGAGGCAGGAAAUUCAAAGAAAAUCUGCAGGAAGAGGCACAGAGUCUGGAAGAUCUAGAAAGCUCUCUAUGCGGAUUAUCGCGUGUAGUUGGUCGAUAGGAGUUCACAACUCAGUACAAAGGCCGAAAAUGAGUAUAAUAGGACAUUUAAUUCACUAAAAAUGACUGAAUUUGCAUAUUUCCUGAUCAAAUACAAGGAAGAAACCUAAUGUGACAACAACAAAAAAAACUUUAACUAUAUUAGGAAAGCAGGAAGUGAACAAAUGUAACAGUUACUGAUUGUAAAAGUACCAGAUGUAGGGGUAGGAUUUAAUAAGCUUUGCUUCUUCCUACUCCUUUUGGACAUGUGGAACUGGGAACUGAUUAUGUGAUGCAUUCAAUUGUAAUCUGAUGCAUGUUCAAAUGAAAUAAAACCAUUACCAUUACCAUGACGC